AUGUGCCGAGAUCUGUCAUACAGCGCGCAAGAUGCGUGCUCCGCGCGCAGACGAGGCGGCUCUUUUCUGGCUGGACAGGAGGGUUCCCUGCUCGAAAACGCACAUACACUUGGGAGGUGUAUGCUGCCCAGCGUUGGCGGCGACUUCAUCGACGCGCUCUCUGCUGAGCGAGCUGCAACGAGCAGAUACGUAUCAUUCGCCACGUGCCGCCCCGCACAGCUACUGGCGCUGCCCACUGCACUCUCGUCGGCGCCGCCGCCGCCAUCUGCUCUUGGGCCGGCGGAUCAGCAGCCCAAGAGCUCAAGACUCUUUCAGGCCGUUUUUGAGCGAGUUUUUUUUGCACCCCAUACAAACUGGGCUAGGGGCGUGAGCGAGAGGGGCCGCUGGCCCCCCGUUCGCGCAACUCGCCGCACCCUCUGCGGGCAACCCCCGGAAGGACAACGAUUCUCCCUCUGGCUCGCUAUUCUGCAAUUCGCCGCAAAGAUCGCAAGCAGCGUUGGCGCACCCAUGUCGGAGUACUCGGAGAUGGCGCACAAGCAGAUGGCCAACGCGCCCGGCAGCGCCGUGAACGAGAGCUACAACCCGGCGUACCAGCCCGGGCCGAUGCCCGUGCCGAUGCUGCCGCGCCUGCAGGUGCCGCCCUUCGCGCUCACGCCGCAGCCCACGCCCGCCUGGAAGCUGCCGCAGGAGCAGCCCGCGCCGCGCAUGAGCGUGUCCAACCUUCUGUCCGGCAGCUUCCGCAGUCGCAACGCGCAGCCGCCGCCGCAGCAACAGGCGUCGCUGCUCACGCCCCCGUCGCCCCCGCAAGCGCCCGCCCCGGCCCCGCGUCGUCUGCCCAGUUUCGCUGACAUCCUGGCGCGAACGAACCUCCUGCACCUCGUGGGCAGGUCGAGCGAGCCCACUGAGGCCCCCGCUCCCGCCAUGGAGGCGCCGAUGGAGGAGGUGCAGAUGCAGCAGCAGCAGCAACAGCCGGAGCAGAUGAUGACGCCCAUGUACCAACAGCAGCAGCUGCCGCAGCCGCCGAUGAUGAUGAUGCAGCCCAUGGAAGGCAGCUACACGGCGUACGCGCCGCCCCGCGUGGACACGAACGUGAGCAUGGACACGUCGUCCAACAUGGGCGACGAGCUGCAGAGCCCCAUGGGCGCGGCGUCCCCCGUGAGCCAGACGAGCGAGACCAACAAGCGGCGCGAGCGCUGGACGGAGGACGAGCACGCGCGCUUCAUGGAGGGCCUGAACCGUUACGGUCGCAAGUGGAAGAAGAUCCAGACCUUCGUCAAGACCAAGACGGCCGUGCAGGUGCGCACCCACGCGUACGGCUACUUCGCCAAGCUGCUGCGCAACAUGCCCGAGGACGACGCGAUCUGGGAGCUCGCGGAGGAAAUGAGCUCCCUGCCCGGCGCGGUGCUGAAGGGUCCGGGCAACGGCAAGCGCCGCAACGAGCCCAAGACGGACGAGGCCGGCAUGGAAGUGCUCCGCCGCUUCGUGUUCUCCAAGAAGAAGUCGGAGGACAAGAAGCAACUGCCGGCGCCCAGCGAGGCGGGUGAGGACCGCGAGAACGUAGAGAUGGCCGAGUCGACGCCCUCCAACGCCAACUCGCAGGCGCCCACGGGCUCGUGGAGCUCCACGCAGCGGUGGAAGGCCGACGACUCGGACGCGCUGCUGGAGAUCAAGCGCCAGCGCCUGAAUUAAGUAGUAUAUUUUUGCGGCCCCCAUGAGUUAAUUGUAGGCACCAGGAUAAUAGGACAUCGGCAGUGUAUAAAAAAACGAUAUACACUCGGCAAACGCU